UACUUCUCACAGGCUCCAUUCUCUUUUUCGGUUAGCCAUCCUUAUUAGUCUAUUAGUCUGUGAUCGAAGCAGAAGACGUUAUCUCAGAUCAUCGAAAAUUUUACAGUAAAAUUCGUUUCUUAUUCUAAUAACUGUUUUUUACCCACUAUCGCUUUCACUCGAAUUCACAAUCACAUCCUUUCUGCUGAAAUAAUUGUAGUUCUACAAAGUGCCAAUAAAACAUGGCUCCUUCUGCGAACUCGGAAGAUGCUCUUGCAAAAACAUUUGACUCGUGUGUUGCUGAUACAAUAAUCAAAAUCGGAGGAGGAAUGGCCACUGGUGUGCUGUUCUCAUUGUUUUUGUUUAAGCGGAAAUCAUGGCCUGUUGUUUUUGGAGUUGGAGUUGGAGCAGGAAUGGGUGCUUCUAACUGCCAAUACAAGUUGAAUGUCCCUUUUAUGGUUAGGGCUGAUCAAAUCAAGCUAUAAACAAAUUUCCUGUAUAGGUUAUGGGGACAACAGCUAAUGUAAAGGAUUCAUCUUCUGAAAUUCUUGUUUAAUUUUCUCACAGAUUUAUUGAUUAGUUUCAUCAUGGAAAAUACAUGGUGUUGUAGUUCCUGA